CAUUGAUUGAUCAACCCGCGCGCUCACUUGCCUAUUAAGCUACCAGUAAGCAAGGACCGCUUGCGAAAGGCAUACACACACAUAUGUAUACAUACAUAUAUAUCUUACCCAGUUAAACGUUGCAGGCCUUAGCACUACUACUACUACCGUCAGCCAGGCCAUAGUUUAAAUAGCGCUGCUCACUCAUCAGUACUAGCACACAGCGUACAUACACAUAUAUAUAUUGGUAGCAUCCAAUCAGUCAACGACAAACGUUUAGACAGGCCGUGGCUGUGCAGUUCACCGCCAUAAAGAAAAAACAACAUAACUAGCAACUAGCCGAUAGAAAAAUAUUGAGACCAAACAGAACCCGAAAGGGGUUAGUGACGAAAAGUGGCUACAAUAGAUAAUAAAUCAACAGCUCAAAGCCAACACAACGGCUGCACAAUGAACAUGCGAAAAAGGAUUGAGCUGGAGAAGCGGAAUCAAUCGCCGAAAGAGGUUAGAGAGCUGACCUUGGACAAUUGCAGGGCUCACGAAAUAGAGGGUCUCACAGAUGAAUAUGAAAACUUGGAAUUCCUUAGUUUAAUUAACGUUGGUUUAACAUGCUUAAAGGGUCUCCCCAAACUGGAAAGUCUUAAAAAGCUUGAACUCAGUGACAAUCGCAUAUCUGGUGGUUUAGAAAAAUUGCAGGAGUGUACAAAACUUCGACAUCUUAACCUAAGUGGAAAUAAAAUCAAAGAUGUUGAUACUCUUAAACCUCUUGCCAACUUGAAGGAAUUGUGGAGUUUGGAUUUGUUUAACUGUGAAGUAACACAGCCUGAAAACUACAGAGACACUUUAUUUAAACUUAUUCCACAAUUACAGUUCCUUGAUGGUUAUGAUCGGAACAACAGGGAACAGGAAGAUGAAGAAGAAGUUGAAGUGGACUACGAUAUGGAUGAUGAAGAGGAUGAAGAAGAUGAUGAGGAGGAUGAAGAAGAAGAUGAAGAGGAAGAAGACGAUGAAGUAGAUGUUGAAGACGAAGUGUAUGACGAAGUACAAGACGGAGAAGAGGAGGAAAACGAAGAAGAUGUACGUCUAGAUUAUUUGGAAAGAGAUGACUUAGACGAGGAUAGUGAUGGUGCAGAUUUUAAACCUGCUGAUGCUGAUGAGGAUGAUGAAGAAGAGGAAGAAGAAGAGGAGUCAGAAGGCGAAGAAGAUCCUGAUGCAUGUGACCAGCGAGGGAAGAAAAGAAAGCAUGAAGAAGAGGAAGAGGAAGAUGAAUAAUUGGAGACCUUGUAGCCCUUCUGGGUCGAAGUGCAAAGACUGUGUACAGUAUUGUUGAUGGAAGCCCUCGCCUCCCCAGGUGGGUGGCAAGGUCUGCCACCAGCAUAUCGUGUGUGAUGAUGCAUACCAUAGUACUACCACAAAAUAAACUUUCAACUUAGGUCAUUCUAACUACACAUAGUGGUGGCCAGCAUUUCUUCAAGAUUUGCCCCCUGUCCAUUUCUCCUGAGUCCAGCCAAUUUAUCCUGGUACCACGGGUACACCCUUCCUAUUUAAGGUUUUAUCUUUCAGGGUUUCAUUCUACUUAAGUUUUUUUUUUUAUGCUGCUGCUCAUUGCUUUAUUGACCCACCCACUCUCCUUAGUUUGAGGGUUAUAUUCUCACACUGCUGUCUUUGGUUUGAAUAUUGCUGCUGUCUUCUCCUUAGUGUUUCUCCCUGCAGCCAAUGUCAUAUGCAGUACUAUUAUGUAGUAUAUUUACAGCAUAUAUUUUCUGUUUAUGCAUAAUAAGUUCUGAAAGGCUGUCUUGCAAAAUUUUCUCCAAUUUGUAUGAUCAAACAUUUGACUAACAAGGCCAAAUCUCCACCCAAUAACUUGAUCAAUUCGUAUAUUCUGUUUGCCGAUGCUAAAUUUAAAGAAGCCUACUUAAAAACGUUUAAGGAAUAUUUUUCACCUAGUUAAUUUUUAGGGUCAUGUUAGAAGGCCUGGUGAGAUGUAUAACUUUAUAUUGUUAGUUGAAUUUAUUGGAUUAAUUUUAACAUGUGGGUUUUAGCUAAAUUGUUUUCUGGCUCAAUGAGAUUUAAACAAUAGUUGCAGUUGAAAUAAAAUUAUUUUACAUUAGUGAUUUUAUUUCUAGCAGCUCGAAGGAGCAUGGUAUGCAGUUGAAAAUUAAACAUCAUUUAUAGCCUGUAGGGGAUUGAUUGGAUCAGUGCCUUCUUGUAAAAAAAAAAACCCCUGCUUUGUGCAGCACUAUAUUGCCAUGUGAAUUUUUUAAAAAACUUCUGCUGAAAUCCUUAAAACAACUGUUGCUGGACAAUUUUUCUUCUCUUUAGAUAUGAUACUUUGCUAUUGGGUGUGUCUGGAGAUGUAUUUACCGUGUGUGCCUAAUUUAACUGGAGAUUUGUUUGGGGGCUCAAAAAUGUUAGUAAAGAUCUGCUCUCUAUUUGAAUCAUGGCCAGUGUUAGGAUUCAGCCCUUUUAAUGUUAAGCAUUCCAUUACAAGCAGCAUUAAUUUCUGGUCUCCCAACUCUGCUUGUUCCCAGUCCUCUUGCAACUCAGGUAUCUUGUUGCUCUUCCAACUCUGUAGGUCAGUAUUUCUAGAGACCAGCCAGGGGCUAAUCUACUCAAUUGAAAUUCAAUGUUACAAAUUUUAAGUCUUUAAAGUUAGGUACGUUUACAUUUAAAGGACUUAGUUUUGAGUAAUAUUCUUACUUGUGUGCAUGCAUUUCAUAGGGCUCUUUUUGCAUAUAGGGACUUUUUUCUUUUUUCAUGUCACAAAUUCUCAAGUCAUUCAGAAUUUUUCCUUUCUGCAAGUACUACUUUGAUGACUGUUAAAGCAACCAGGACUAUUGUAAAAUAUCCCCUAUCCCAUUGUAUAAAGUUAACCAUUUAAUCUACUGUUCAGCCUGUAUAAUAAAGUUUCAUCAUUAUAAUCCAGCUACACCUUUCAUAGUUCAUGGACAUGGAGCAAUCAAUUUGUUUUAACAACAUGUUAGUAGUACUUGGGCUGCCUUUCAGUUGGCACCAACAAACGUGAUUCUUACAUAUACAGGGAUGUUUGUUGCUGUAUAAUUUUAUACUUUAGGUAUUGGUUCAGAUUUCAGCCUUGUUUAUAAAUGAAUAUAGUGCUUAGUUAGUGUUGGUGACAUUAUAUUGUCUCAGCAGUAUAAACACAUGUGCAUUGUUGCAGUGCCUGAUAUGGUUCCUGAUUGUGAUUCUGGGUGCCUCCAGCAAGGUAAUAAUAAUAGUUGGGAAAAUUAAAAUGACUUCUGUAGAUUAAAAUAUUUUCUUUUCCACGUGGUUAGUUGAAUGGCCUAAGAUUUCAAACCCUUACAGGUCAGCCCUUACAGCCAGGGUUGUUCCUUCCUAAUUUGUACAGUAAAGAGAUCCAUUUUUGUAUCAUGUGGGUUGGUGUUGCUGGUAUUUGUGGGAUUAAAUACCUCAUAAGUAGCUAUAACACCAAUUACAUUAUCCCCUAUCCCUUCACACUUCCUCUCUAUUUUCUCCCCCAAAUACUCGUCUUUUUUUUUUUUUUUUUAACCCCCUCCGUUCUUUAAUUUUCAUUGUAAACUUGACAUUUUCAUACAUGGCAGCCACACACCACUCCAACAGGCUGAAUUCUGAACCAGCAUCAUGAAGACUACUCAGGAGUUUAGGCACAUUCUCCACCUAUCAACUGACCCUUCAAUCAUUGUGCUCUCUCUUUCUCUGUUGCAAAUAAAAAGAUUUUUAUAUAUAAA